AUGUUCGACUCAAUCGACCGAAUUCUACACAGUUUCGAGAUAUCUCACUAUGGGUUUCUACCAGUAGAUGAACCUCUUGCACGACUACCGAGCACGUACUAUCAGCCCUGGGAAAACUUGAUCUCACGACUUCCGAUCUUGAUAAGCGACGGAUCUCUGUAUAACGAAUUUGCUUCACUACCACUACUCAGCACAAGUGAACUACGAUCAUUGCCGGAGUGGAGGAGAGCCUAUGUCAUACUGACAUUCUUCACACACGCCCAUACGUGGAGCGAUCUACAACCACGAGAGGUACUCCCAGCCAAUAUCACUGUACCACUGCUCGAAGUCUCAGCCUAUCUCGAUCUACCACCGACAGCUACAUAUCCUGCUUUGAACCUGUGGAAUUGUGGUCUGGUCACCGAUGGUGCCGACAUCACAAACCCUGAGAAUGUCGUCAUGCGACACACUUUCACCGGCACCACCGACGAGGCUUGGUUCUAUGCAGUUUCGGUCUCCGUAGAAGCAAAGGGAGUCGCUGCUAUUCAGGUAAUGCUAGAAUGCGUCAAGGCUAUUGAGCAAGACAAGAAGGAUGAGGUUCUCGAAUGUCUUAGGUCUUUUCGUGUCAUCGUGUCUGAAUUGGCAUCUAUCCUACAAAGGAUGCACGAACACUGCGACCCAUCAGUUUUCUAUCAUCGUAUUCGUCCGUUCCUUGCUGGAAGCCGUGGCAUGGAAAAAGCCGGUCUGCCACAUGGUCUUUUCUACGACGAAGGUAGAGGGAAGGGCUCCUGGAGACAAUAUAGUGGAGGCAGCAACGCUCAGAGCAGUUUAAUACAAUUCCUCGAUAUUGCUCUUGGUAUCAAGCACGAAGGUCCAUCGUCCCAAAGAGGCGGGAAAGAACAGGCCUAUCUCAACGGCAUGCGGCAAUACAUGCCACAGGCACAUCGCCAAUUUCUCGAAUACUUCGACAGUGUCGCAAAAAUACGGCAGUACGUUCAGUCAAAGAACGUGUCCGAAACACUAUCAAGCACAUUUGACGAAGCGGUUGAGGCCAUGGCUGCCUUCCGUGACACGCACAUCAAGAUCGUCGCGAGGUAUAUAGUGGCGCCUUCUCGAGCACGCGAUCAAUCACAGAAUCAGGGAGUGAGAAAUAUUGCGGCAAGCUCUUCUGAGCAAACCUCGAGCAAGGAUGAGCUAAAAGGGACUGGCGGUACUAAUUUGAUGGCGUUCCUCAAGCAGACCAGAGCGGAGACAAGGGCGGCAAAAAGUCGUACGCCCAUUGCUGUAUAA